UAAAGUUGCGUCGGAUCCGCAACUAGUUGGUCGUUCAGACAGCGUCGACGAGAUAUUUUUCUGGUCUUUCUUCGUCUAUAAAUCCAUUCAUUCAAAGCUGUUCCUAGCCUUGUUGAUUGUCGGAAUCGGGUAGACCAAGAUGGAGCUCAAUCCAAAGAAGUAUGUUGAGCUAUUGGAAAAAAUUGAAGCUGAAGCUGAUAAGGUUCUACUAGCUAAAUAUCAGAUGGUGGAGAAUGACAGGGAGAGGAAUGUGAACAGAGAGGCUCUUACAGCACUUACGAAGAGAGCUCAGACAACAAAGACUAGUGUUCCUUUUCCUUUCGAUUCUAUGAUGAAAGAUGUCCGUGGGAGCUCAGCGAAACAACCUGUGGUCAAAGAAAUUUGCUCGACAUGUGGGUCACAUUGCUCUAACGAACCCACUUGGAUGAUUCUCCCAGGAGCUGAUCUUUUCGCUGCAGUACCGUUUCAUGUUGUGCAUACAAUGCUAGAGAAAGAUGGAAAGAAAAUGGAGUUUGAAGCGAGGAAAUUGCAGAGCUUAAUGAAGGAAAAGACUCUUUGCUUAUCAGAACUUAGGACUCUUGGUGAUAGUAUUCCUCCAGGCAUUAUCAGAUCGUUAGUCACGUUAGAGGACAACCCUAAAGUUAAGUAAAACAAUGCUGGUUUUUUCAUUAAUGGCGUUAUCCAUUUGUGAUGUUGAUAAAUUUGUUAAAGUUAUUAUUGUAUUUUUAAUUCAAUCAACAAGAUUUUCUUGUUUCUUUUUGAUAAAUUA